CUGGGCCGCCAUAAAGGGGCGCCCGCAGGCCCUCGGGCUGUCCUGGGUGCCGAGUUCCUCUUCUCUCUCACUUUCUUCGGGGAAGAAAGCUGCGGAAGCGGCCUGUGUGGUUCUGUGGGAGCAGCCGACGAGCGAAAUUGAAUUAACCUGCGGUAACAGGUUAACACACAGCAGGGUGGGUUUUGCACCUGGAGGAAAGUUGCACCUCCUAUUGCACAUUUAAAAGUUCACUUGAGCUGCUUGUCCUCAGCUGUGCUGGCUGCGGUGGAACUGAGAUAUAUUAGAAUUGCUUCAGAUUCUGUUGCUGAAAUUUGUACAUAUUGAAGGCCCAUCUGACUUCAGCUCUAGAGAGAUGCUUCAUCCUCUGGAAAGUUUGUAAUUGGAACUGAAACAGAAAUGCAAAAUGUGGAAGUCAUAAAAAGAGAGGAUAUUAUCCGGGGGGGAGGUAGUGACUGAAUUUUUGGAAAUCUUCUGACAAUCUGUAGCAAUGGGCCAGGCAGCUGCCAAACCUGCAGGCCCAAAACCUGCAGGAAUAUAUCAGGCUAUUACGGGUAGAAGAUGUGGAAGAAGACAUGCCUGUGUUGGCUUUACACCACUUUCAAAUAGUCAAGAUGGAGAUGCACAUAAACCCAAUGAAGACUGCAAGCAAUUAGACUUGGAGGAUGUUCAGGAAGAGAGUUCUUUAUCUUUCUCUGAAGGUUCCAGACCACUGGUUCAAGUUCCUCCUGCUCUAUUAGAUAAGCCUUUGUCAGAAAAUGGUGGAACUAGAGAACUCAUUUGCCAAAAUGUAUCAAGCCAAACUUCUGAAGCGAACACACCACUAUUUUCUGUAGUCUGUACUGGUCCAGAAGGCAAUCAAAUCUCACAGAACUUUAUGAAUCCUGAUGAAAAUUCUGAGGACUUUGCAGAAAACACAUCUGGAAGACAUAAUGAUUUGAAUGGUAAGAAUGGAAUUGCUUUUGUAAACAUUGACUCUUAUGAGCCAGAUAGCAGUGACGGAGAGGAAGAUGAUGCUCAAGACAAAUGUUCUUUGGUAAAAGAAGCAGCAUGUCUCAUUCAGGGACAAUUAGAUAACAUACUUUCUCAGUGCGAAAAAGACGUGGAGCGUCUUAUGGACUUACAGUCACAACUGUCUUCUUUCAACCACGGUGUUUCUAGAGAAAAUUGUGAAGGAGCAGGACCAAUGCCUUUGGCAUGUCCAAACAAUAGGACACUUAUAUCCACUGAAGAUCAAGCUAUACCAAAAAGUAAUCUGAGUGGUACCAGUUGUGAAGCACAGCAGAUAAAUCAUAUACUGGAUGUUGGAAUCGGAACCCCUGUUGCUGAUGUACUAAAUGUCAGUGAUGGAAAGGCUGACCAAGAAAAGUCAUCUGAGCCAGUAGUGAGACCUAAAAUUAGAACACGAAAUACUGCAAACCAGCUUGAGAGAGAAAAGCAACUCCCUAAUGAUGAAGAGGAAAAACCACUUUCCUCUUCCUGGAAGAGAAUUGGAGUUGCUGAUUGCCAGCAAUGCCAUCCUGAGUGUCCCUUGAGAGACAGCGAAGAGAUAAGUUCUGGUGUGUUCUUUCUCUCAAGAGUGUACAGUGAUCAAAAGAACACAGGAAAAAAUGCAGCAGCUCAAAACCAAAAUGUUCCAGAUGAUAGCAGUUUUUGGGAUGAAUUUGAAAACUGCAACAGAUACUUCUUAAUGUCCCAUGAAGAUGAAGACAGCUCAGAAUGCAGCGAUGGAGAAUGGGCUACGGCUGUGCCUAGCUGUUUGACUGCUGCGGAACAAGAGCAGUCCUCAAGUGAAGAGAGCUGGGAUACUCUCCCAGACAGGGAGGAAUGUGAAGUGCAGAGCAUCAGCUGUGAUGUAAAAGAAGAGAACACAAACUGCGGUUUACAAGAAGGGGAGGAAGGUGAGAUUCUUUGGUUACCGUACCGAGAAGAAGUAGAAAGUAGCAGUGAUGAGGAAAAUGAUCCAGUUAAUGAUUUCAUGCAUCCUGCAUUCUUCCCAUUCAAUGGAAAUAACAGCUUUGAAGAUGACUCCAGUGUGAGUGAAGACCUGGAUGUGGAGUGGAGAACCCUUGAUGAGUUUGAAGUCCUGGGACUUGCUCUAAACAUUCCUUACAUGGACCCUCAACUUCUCACAUUUGUGGCACUAGAGGGACGCUUAGAAGCUGUGGAGGCUGCUCUGGCACAGUUGGAGUCUCUUGCCUUUGAUGUUGAACAGACUCGUCCACCAGCUACUAAGGAAACUAUAGAUUGUCUGCCAGUGGUUCUCAUCACAGGUCAAGAUGAGAGUUGUACGAUCUGUUGCAGUGAAUAUGUGAGAGGUGAAUACGUGGCAGAGCUACCCUGUCAUCAUUUGUUUCACAAAUCUUGUGUAACUCCUUGGUUGCAGAGAUCGGGAACAUGCCCAGUUUGUCGUCAUGUGCUUGCUCCUGUGCUUCCUGAAGCAGCGGAUGACACUUAUCGUUAACUGAUUGAUGAUUCAGUAUCUUCUGCUCACAGGACUUUCAAUCUAGGGUCUGAAAUAAAAUCUGACACCAAGUGCAAAUUUUGCCUGUUUAAUUACAAUGUGAAAACAAUUCUGUAUAAAAUAUUAACAUAGAAUCAUAGAACAGCUUGAGUAGGAAGGCACCUCAAAGAUCAUCCUGUUCCAACCCCCUUGCCAUGGACAGGGACACCUUUCACUUGACCAGGUUGCUCUGAGCUCCAUUCAGUUUGGCAUUCAGGGAUGGGGUGUCCACAGCUUCUGUGGGCAACCUCUUCUGUAGGCGAACACCAGGAUUACGAAGCCUGGAAAGAACAGCUUCAGAAACGGGUCCAUUACAGCGGCAGCUUCCCAUGGUCGAGCAAAGCAGAAAAACAACAACUACUUGCGUUUUCUAUUGUACGGGUUCUCCCUGAGCUGUGUAAUUUCCCCGACCACGCGGCCCCCCCCAUUCGGAACCAUGUUUGCUCCCCUCCCCGAUCGCAGACUCCACCUCUGCACAAACAGGAUAGGCUGUCUCACCUGCCUCUCCCAAGUCCCUGGUUCUGUUACUGGAACAUGAUCCUCCCAUAUCCCCUAUUGGUCAGUAGAGCCCUCAAGUCACUCCCUUCCCCCUGGACCUUGACCCAAUCACAUCCCUUCUUCUUGCCCUCCCCCCGAACCCAUAUAAACCGUGGGAGUUUGGAAAUAAAGGUCUUUUCGCCUUGGGCCACCGAGUGGAAACUUGGUUGCUCUCUCCUCCUGCCGAAGGGGGGCUGCGCGACUGAGUUCUUCUCCAGGAAACCUCUAGCGGAGAGUCCACAGUCAAGAUCCGUUACUCUUCCAGUGCCUCACCACCCUCACAGCAAAGAACUUCCUCCUAACAUCUAACCUAAACCUGAUCUCUUUCAGUUUCUGUCCUGUCACUACGUGCUGUUGUAAAUAGUCUCUCUCCAUCUUUCUUGUGGGCUCCCUUCAGGUACUGGAAGGCCAAAUCGAGUCACCCCAAAUGUUCAGCCUUUUCUUCUCCAGGCUGAACAAUCCCAAUUCUCUCAGCCUUUCCUCAGAAGAGAGGUGCUUCAUCUGUCUAAUCAUCUUCAUGGUCCUACUCAGCACUUGCUCCAACAGGUCCCCAUCUGUCCUGUGCUGGGACCCCAGAGCUGGAUGCAGCACUGCAGGUGGGUCUCACCAGAGCAGAACAGAGGGGCAGAAACCCUCCCUCACCUGCUACCCACACUGCUUUGGAUGCAGCCCAGGAUAUGUUUGGCCUUCUGGGCUGUGAGUACACAUUGAUGGCUCGUGUCCAGCCUCUCACUCACCAGCUCCGCCGAGUCCUUCUCAGCAGGGCUGCUCUUGGUCUGUUCAUCACCCAGCCUGUGUUGAUACUGGGGGUUGCCUAGACCCAGGUGCAGCACCUUGCAUGUGGUCAUGUUAAACCUCAGGAGAUUUCCAGAGGCUCAUUUCCUGAUCUUGCCCAGGUCCCUCUGGCAGGCCCCACUGUACCACUCAGCUUGGUGUCAUCUGUAAAUUUGCUGAGGGGGUACUUGAUCCCUUCAUCUGUGUCAUUAAUGAAGAUAUGAAAUGCCACUUGUCCUGGUAUGGAUCCCUUAGGGACACCUCUUGACACCUGUCUCCAUCGGAACAUUGAGCCAUUGAUCACUGAAUGAAGGAAUAAGCAAAUGUGAAAAAUAAGCUUGUUUCUGUACAAGGUUUUUGUUGUCUAUACAUGCACUAGUACAUUGGAAGCAUUCAAAUUCCUGCAGGUUUUGAAAGGAUAAAUUACUUGUUUUGGCUAUUAGACAGAGAGGUAACGGUUUUUUCCUAAAUAGCAAUAGCAAAAGCAGUUGAUGUAGUGUGAAAAGGACUCCCUCCUCUACGAGUCAAAGGGUUUUGGAUAAGCUGUCUCAUCACAGUCCCUCUACAGCUUUGCAGACACCAUCCUUGUUAUACAAUGCAGAAAACUUCUGGUUUUCCUCCUUGCUUCCUUAUUCAGUGCUUAAUUGAACACCUGAGAAAAAGAAACUUUCUUUUUUAAUAGUGUAAAGCUGCAAAAUGCAAUUAUUCUUUAUCUCUAAAGCAAUAAUUCUCUACAAACCAUAUAAGCUGUUUAUAUAAACUGUGAAAAGAGUGUGAGUUGGAGUGUUUGGGUUUAAAGGGACCUUAUAAAUCACCUGGAGAUCACUUUCCUUGAGCCCAUGUUCUUCAAAGCCCCAUCCAGCCUGGCCUUGAACACUUAAGGCAGCUGCAGCAUCUCUGGACAGCUUGUUCGUGCCUCAUCACCCUCACAGUAAAGUAUGUCUUCCUAAUAUCUAAUCUAAACCUACUCUUGGUUUGAAACCAUUAUGCCUCCCGUUAUCACUCAAGUCCCCCCUAAAAAGUUUCUCCUCAUCCAUCCUGUAGCCACUCAUUAGAUAUUGGAAAGCUGCUCUAAGAGCUACCUGGAGCCUUCUCCAGGCUGAACAACCCCAGCUCUCUCAGCCUGUCCUUGUAGGGAAGGUUCUUCAACCCCCCUGAUCAUUUUGUGGCCCUCCUCAGGGCCUGCUUGAGCAUGUCCAUGACUUUGUUAUGCUGAGGGCUCCAGAGCUGUGCACAGCACUCCAGGUGGGGUGGGAGUGCACCAUCAGAGUGGAGCACAGAGGCAGAAUCCCCACACAUUGCUGGGUCACAUCAAGCUUUUCAUCAUCCAACACCCGGUUAUGAUCCGGUUAUUAAAAUUAUUAGAAAUGCCUCUGCCCAAAUACAGGUGCAAAUGAGACCAGAUGCCAAAGUCAGUAGUAUGGGUUUUAUUUAAUGGUAAAUGUGAGGCAGCGAAAGAGAGAGAGAAAGAUAUAGGAAAAGGAGCGAGGGAAGAAAGAAAGAGACAGAGAUUACAAUAGGAAAUGUGUCACCACACUGUGUAAUGCGGCAGCAUCCCAUUGAUCCAGUUCUUCUGGUUUUCUUGGUGAGGAGGGUCCCACAAAACACGGAGUCCAGUGGAUAAUAUAUGUUUAGGAGAUGCCAGGCACCUCCCCUGCAGGUGGGGGGUGAAGCUUUUCAGUCUCUUGCAACAGGCUCUGAAUUUCUUGCCUCACUUGUAUCGUGUGCAAUCCUUUGGUGGUAGAAGACCUCAGGAGUGAGCUGGGGGGGGGGGCACUGUGGGAGUCUUUGACGUUUUAUGACCCUUCUCACCUGCCUCUCACACAAAUCUCACACAACGUCUGUACAUGGUAUUCCCAGAGCAAGGAGGUUUACUCUUGGUUUGGAGAGUCACCAUGACACACCCAAAACCGUUCUCCUCUACCAACCCCUGAGCCCAGCUAGGGCUGAUUCUUAACACAGAUACAUUCUUCUGUCCUGAGCCUUGUUUUACUUCUCCUCGGACUUGAGAUGGUUAGACAACAGUCUUAUCUCAAGCCCCCAGUCACAGUCCAAAUUCCAACCAGGAGGCAUUGGGGGAGGGUGGUGCUUUGGUGGUUGCAGCAGGCAGUUGCUUACUUGUAGUUUGACAAAAAGUCUUUCUGUGAUGUUGACCAUGUUUAAGACAUUACCAACACUUCAGUCUAUCACACACCCAAAAGUCCUUCUCAGGGCUGCUCUCAAUCCAUUCACCUCCCAACCUGUAUUUGUGCUUGGGAUUGCCCCAACCCAGGUGCAAGACCUUGCACUUGUUGAAAUUCAUAAGGUUCACAGAGUCCCCUUCUCAGGCCUGUCAAGGUCCCUCUGGAUGCUUCUAUUCCCACUGCCAGCACAUUUCUGUUUGAGUGCACUGUCCAACAGAGUUGAAGUCUUCUGGCCUCUUUGUCUUUACAUUCCCUUUAAUUCCCUUUUGUUGUCCUUGUAACUCUGUAAUCUGACCUGCAGAACCCUGCAACCCGUCUCACUGCUUAGACUAAGGAUAGAAACAGAUCACCUUGAAGUAACUCAUCAGGCUUUCAAGAAUCCAGUUGAAAACCACCCCUUUCUUUUUAAAAUCUAUACAGGUUUUCUGCAGUUUACCUCUGAAAUACAGCCCCUAACUUGUCUGUCCACCAUCACUUCCCUUUUUUCUUGGAGAGGUGUCUUUUACAGGUGUCCUCCUACCCCCUUCUACAAACCUCUUUCACCAGCUUCCAGUUUUGCUCUGAGACCAGCGUGAGGCCUUUCCUUUGCUGUUACAAUGGCAUUGCAGGGGGCACAGUCUUUUCCAUUCAUUUCCCUCAGCACUGACUGCUUUCCUUCCUUUUGAUAGUCAGCUCCUAGAAACUGGAAGAAGAGAGGCAAAGGCUGUGGGCUUUAGUUAUAAAUCUGGGAGGCAGGUGGAGGUGAAUGGCCAGGGAAGAACUCCAGACUUUUCCUGUGUUGUUGGAGGUGGGAACAGCAAGGGCUUUCAGAAGGGUGGUUUGCCUUCAUACCUUCUCCAGCCAUGCUCUUCCAUAGAGGGAUGGUGGGGAGGUUGUUCCAACAUUACUCUGUCUGACAUCAAAAUAAGCAGGGCAGGUGAGCUGCCUCUUUUUACCUAUAUGUGAGGUAGCAGGGUAAUCACAAAACCAGUUCUAAGAAAGACUACAUUUCAGAUUUUCAGUGUUGUAUAACAACUAAUGGCUUGCUUGCUAAUAGAAAAUUCAUUAGAUUUUGUGGAAAUAAGUAUAUCACCAUUUAAGUAAAAAGAGAAUUCAAAUAUUACAUUCAAUUCAUAUUAGGCACAGUCAACAGUUCAGCAACUGAUGGAUGGUUUUUGUAGGUUUUUAGUUGUUAAAGAUCAAGAAAAUUUAUUUAUACUGUAACCAAUAAGAUUAUCACCAGUGAGUAAAAUAUACUGCUAUUGUUGGAAGACUUGUUCUUGCUCAGAAAGCCAAGGUAAAGACUAAAAGAAAGAAAAUCAAGUUUCCUCUUUGAUAGCCCAUCUGCUCUUUUACCUUGAAAAUGUGUUAUUUUUUUCCCAGCUCCUUUUUUUUGAGGCAGAUGUAAUGAGGUUUUGUGAAACACUAAGGGUAUACAAAGAGCGUCCUCUUUACACUGAGGCUUGGUUGAUUAUGGAGUGGGGUUCAAUCAGUGAAUUGUUGAACAGCUGGCAAGUACUAGUGGAUAAGGCUCCUCAUCUUGUGUUAUAAGGAGACAAAUGGGCUGGCAAUCAUCUCUGUGUAGCCUUUGUACAGACCUGAUAUCAAAGGUGUAAACCAGCAUUCAGAGCCACAGACUCUUGCAACCUCGUCACUGAAAUCCAAUGCAAACUAACCAAAACAAACUCUGGUACUAGACAGAGCCAAGGCCAUUCAAGACUUCAUUGUACACUGAUGUCACAUUCCUCACAUACAGUGUAAUAAAAUAAUUUAAAAUAAGAGUUCCCUGAGUUUGAAGCAAAAUCUGUCAGAUUAUUUUACGUGGAGAAAGUGGAGGAUAUUUUGCUGAGAAUAUGAUAUGUUUGGCAUGGAUGUAAUUUCAGUGUGCACUCCCAAAACAUGUUUCCAGAUGCAUUAUCUUUUGCUUUGAACUUGCAAUAGCAUCAUUCCUGAAAAGGCCCAUUGUGUUUUAGUAAAUUUAAGACUAUUGCCAUAACGGACACAUUUUAAAGCAGCAGCAUCAGAGUUGUUUAUUUCAUAAAACAAAUAUGUGUAGCUGUAGCAAUCCUGUUCCACAUUCUCCCUUUAACAGAACAGUCUCUCCAUAGUGAUGGAGUAACGUGUGAGCACAUCUGAACUGAUACCGUGAAUGCUAUAGGUAUCCUGUUCUGAAAAAUGCCAAAGACUGGAAAGGAAAAACAACCCUGUCUCGGUAAUUUGGUUUUCAUUUUGUUUGCAUGUUUUUGGAAUCUGUCCUCUUUCCCCUGUUUUUUGCAUUGCUGAAUGCUUUAGGAUAUUCACAAUGGAAAACAUGAAAAUAUGUUAGUUAUGUGCAGUUCUUUGAUCAGUGUGGUACACACACACAGAUAAGAUGCAUAAUUAUUUAGACAAGAAAAGGAAUAUCACUAUGUGGAGAGUAAGCCUUUAGCUAGGCUAAUAAGCAAAACAUGUAUGUAUACAGAUCUUUAUUGUUUUAAAAUUCCAUUAUAAUUGUAAUUUUUUUUCAGUCUUAAGCCUCUCUGUAGAUAGACAAUUACCUUGCUUUGAGUCAUAUAUCAUAAAUAAUUAUAGACAAAACAUCUAAUGAUGGUUAUUAAUGAAUAAGUAUGAGGACUUAAUGAUGUCUUGGGGCCAAAAUGUAAAGGGCAUGAUUUUCAUUUAUACCACAGUCAAUUUGCCCUCCUGAGGCAAAAGAAAAGGCUUUCAAGAAGACAUAAAGGAGAAUAAGGUAAGAAAUAGGAAGCAGGAUUAUAGUCCAAUGUUUCUCUAACUACCUUUAAAUCACAGUAAAAACAAGUCCUUUUUUCAGCUGUGAAGCAGAAUUGUCUUCAGCUUACCAGACAGCAGCCUUUGAAAAUAUGUCAGGGAAGUCAGUGAAAGUGAAUAUGAUGGUAAGAGUUAUAUUUUCCAAGACAGGUUAGGUAUUUUAUGUCAGAUUUUCUAAUCAAGAAGAAGCAAGGGCUACAAUUUUAAUGUUGUAAGCUGUACUGAUUAGUAAUAGUUAGGACCUGAUGGUUCUUUCGUAACUCUCUGUUAGGAAAACCUGCUGAAAAAACUAUUUGUCAAAGUUUUUCUUUACUCUGUAUUGAGGACCAUGACCUGCUAAUUUGGAAGAUCAUCUCUGUCAAUGGGUAGAAGAGUUUCCUGCCUAUGAGUGGAAUUACCUCCUUUUACUAAAAACAGAACUAUGAAAAAUGCUUUUCUAGCACUGCUUCAAUGCUGCAAUAGGGAUGUGUCAGCUGCAGAAACACUCAUACAGACGUAAAAACGUUUUUUGUGUAUUCCAGACAGUUUGGUAGUAGCUGAAUCAUAUUUUAAGGUGGUAAAUUUCUAUUUGGUAUUCAAGGAAGAUGUUCUUGUCAGCAAUACUGUAAAUAAGUUCCUCUUAAGCUAUUUUAGUGAAAUUAAUUGGAGCCUGUAUAGAACCUGUUCUGUACAUAUAUAUGCCUUUAUCUUCUCUAUUGUUUUACAUACCUGAAUCAAAAGUCAUGUAAGAAAGAAGAAUAUUUUGCUUUAAAGAUUAAGAAGGGGGUUUAGUCCUCAUUCUGUACAUUAAAGUUAUGUUGUUCCAUGAGA